UCCACAAGAUGGCGGCCGUAGUUUGCCGUGACGCCACUUCCGCCCGGGACCGCUGAGUGCCGUGACGCCGUCUCCCACCGCCGGAAGCCGUUGAUCUCGGAUCCCGCAUUCUUCCAUCUCACAGUCUCAGCUGCGCUUCUCUGAGGCUCGGAGGCGGCGACCAUGGCGGACGUUCUGGAUUUACACGAGGCUGGCGGCGAGGACUUCGCUAUGGACGAGGAUGGUGAUGAGAGUAUUCACAAGCUGAAGGAGAAGGCGAAGAAGAGGAAGGGUCGGGGGUUUGUGGCCGCUGAGGAGGGCACCAGGGCCAGGGUGCGGGAGAACUAUGACAGCGUGGAGCAGGAUGGAGAUGAGCCCGGCCCCCAGAGGUCUGUUGAGGGCUGGAUCCUGUUCAUCACCGGAGUCCACGAGGAGGCCACCGAAGAGGACAUCCAUGAUAAAUUUGCCGAAUUCGGGGAGAUCAAGAAUGUCCACUUAAAUCUGGACCGAAGGACGGGCUACCUCAAGGGGUACGCGCUGGUGGAGUAUGAGACCUACAAAGAGGCUCUGGCUGCCAUGGAAGGGUUAAACGGUCAGGAUCUGAUGGGGCAGCCAGUCAACGUGGACUGGUGCUUUGUCCGGGGACCUCCAAAAGGAAAGAGGCGAAGCGGGCGGAGGAGAAGCCGGAGCCCGGACAGAAGGCGGCGCUAAGAACCGCAGACGUCUUCCCCAUCCAUAUGUUCUCAGUGCUUGUUUCUUUGUUAUCUGUUUGGGGCAUUUUACUUGGGGGAAACUGGGGGCUAUGGACCCUUGUCAUGGCGGGUGGGGUGCAGGUGUGUAUAUUGGGUCAGCCGAAAUACAGUGAACCAACCACUGAUCUGUACUUGAAGAUGUUUCUGAGAUGUACAACAUGUCUGGUGACCGGGGGCCCCCACAUACGACGAGAGCGGCGCUCUGGGUGAGCUGCUCGUUGAGUUUGAUGCAGUUGCGUGCCGUCUGUUAAUUACCACUUUUAUUUCUCAUACGUUUUAGUGGAAGUAUUACCGGAGAGAACACACUUUUGUACAACACAAUAAAGUCGUCUUAUGUUCCCGGUG